CUUCCUUCCUUCGGCAGGAAGUUUUUGUGGAAGCGGAAGGGGAAGCUUCGUGCUGGAGUCGAUUCCUGUUUGACGGGAAGUGAAAGGACGGAGGGGUUCGGGGGUUUUAGAUCAUCUUUUAAAUUGCUGCUUGUCAGGUCACUGGAGAAAGAUCUAAAAAAGCAUUUGGUGGUUACCAUGGCAGAGUUAGAGAACCUUGAGGUGAUGAUAAAAACCUUGGACUCUCAGACAAGGACCUUCACAGUGGAGGAAGAGAUCACAGUGAAAGAGUUCAAGGAGCACAUUGCGGGCUCAGUCAACAUUCCCUCCGAAAAGCAACGCCUCAUCUAUCAAGGGAGAGUCCUACAAGAUGACAAGAAGUUGAAAGAAUACAAUGUUGGAGGCAAAGUUAUCCACUUGGUGGAACGCGCACCUCCCCAGGCCCAGUCUCCCUCCUUGGGGGGGCCUUCAGGAGCAGGCUUGUCCUCUGUCCCUCACAACAACACAGGACCCCGCGGGUCAGGUUCCACUGUCCAUGACCGCAAUGCCAACAGCUACGUUAUGGUGGGAACCUUCAACUUACCAGUAAGCAUUAUGGACCCACAGCCACCCACACAAAACGAUGGAUCGUCUGUGGAUGUUCAUAUAAAUAUGGACCAGGCUCCUAUACAGAGUGAACCUCGUGUCCGUCUUGUUAUGGCCCAGCAUAUGUUACGGGACAUUCAAGGUAUCCUGAACCGACUAGAGGGUUGUACCAGCGACCAUGCUGCCCCGGGACCAGAGGAUACGCCAUCUGCCAGCCCCACGGAAAGGGAGCCAAUGGCAGGUGCUGAAUCUGAGCCUCCCAGGGAGCCCACGCCAGCAGAGGAGACGCCACCGUCUGGGAGCGAGCCGCCCCCUGGGGCUGAGGCAGCUGCCCCCAACCACCCAUCACCUGGAGAGUAUGUGGAAGUCCUCGGGGAACUACGUGGGUUGGAAAGCAGACUCCAGCCCUUCCUGCAGAGAUACGAGGAGGUCCUGGGAACUGCCGGCACUGCCGACUAUAACAACAACACGGAAGGGCGUGAAGAGGACCAACGCAUCAUCAACCUGGUGGGGGAAUCGCUGCGCCUUCUGGGUAACACCUUCGUAGCGCUCUCGGACUUGCGCUGCAACCUCUCCUGCAGCGCCCCCCGCCACCUCCACGUGGUGCGGCCGAUGUCCCAUUACGCGGCUCCCAUGGUUCUACAACAAGCUGCCAUCCCCAUCCAGAUUAACGUUGGAACCACAGUCACCAUGACGGGCAACGGUAGUCGCACUGUCCAGACCAACUUGGAAGGCUCUGCAACUGCCCCGGCUGCACCUCCAGCCCAGCCUCGCACCUCCAGCCCUGUUGAAUCAACCCAGCCAUCCGAAGGCUCACCUCCUUCCCUCUCCCCAGGUGUCACCCCUAUUCAGACGCAGGCCUCUCAAACAGGGCACCCGCGUGUAAUCCGCAUUUCACACCAGACGGUCGAGCCUGUGGUCAUGAUGCACAUGAACAUACAAGACUCCAGCUCCCAGCUGGGUAGCGGUAGUUCCGGUGGAGUGCCAUCGAUGGGACCUGCUGGUCCAGCUGGACACUCCCAAGGGAUGGGUAGUGGUGCUCACAUGCCACUUCCCAGCCUCCCGCCAGAGUUCAUGCAGGCAGUAGCCCACCAGAUAACACAACAAGCUAUGGCAGCAGCAGCCUCGGCAGCAACAGGCCAGCAAGUCCCCAGCUUCCCGUCAGCUCCAACACGUGUAGUGAUUGCUAGACCUUCUGCUCCUUCUGUGCGGCCCACCCACUCAGGGCCUCCCCAGGCAGCAGGACAAGGGGGCCCUGGCCUGGGUGGGAAUGCCUCCUUGGCCCAGAUGAUCAGCGGAUUGGUGGGACAGCUUCUUAUGCAGCCUGUGAUAGUGGCUCAAGGCAGUGGGGCUUCCUCAUCGAGCUCUCCCUCCGCCAGCACCCAAGCUACUUUCAGCACCAGCAGCUCUGCCUCCCCUCCCACAGCCUCAGCCAGCGCUGGCACCACCAACACAGCCACGACUGCUGCAGGGGGCAGUUCAGCUGGGGCCCCCGGAGGGCCCAUCCCCUCUGGCCAGCCUCCUGCAGCUGCCACUGAACUCCAGUUCUCUCAACUGCUGGGGAACAUCCUUGGGGCUGCAGGCUCCAGCAUGGCAGGGGUGGCAGGGGUGGGCUCUCCCACCAUCACUGUGGCUAUGCCAGGCGUGCCUGCUUUUCUGCAAGGCAUGACAGACUUCCUUCAGGUGAGCCUGCUUCCUCUCCUCUCCUCUCCUCUCCUCUCCU